AUGGGAAGGUGUCCGCUCAUUCUGAACUUAACCAGAAUUUGGGAAUCGCCCGAGGACGUGGCAUGUCGCGCCAGGGCAGAACCUGAGUUUUUGUCCGUGCUCGCGUCAGCGCUGCGCAGAAGUGCGCUCGCGCACAUGAUCGCGACCAAGGCAGAGUCGGGGGGUAGAGAAGGUCGUUCCUCGGUGCGCGUGCCGUCGACUGGCCCCCCCCACGUUUGCUGCCGGGAAAUGCCCCGCGGGUUCAGUGUGAUCCGCGCGUUUUCUUGGCCAAGCGCAGAUGUGCCCAGCAAGGUCCUAUCCUGA